AUGGUCAAGAUUCCUGUUUUGGUGGGCGUGUUAUCGUUGAUCACCAUGUUGAAGGCUGAGUCAUAUGAAGAUGCCCGUUGCAAAUCUAAUGUUCUUCCCAGCAAUGAUUGUAACGGAGUAAGCUUACCAAUUAUUGGUGAAGUGAAUAAUACAAAAAAAGAAUUAUGCCACGAUGCACUUGUACUUAUGAGAGUAGAAACACACACUAUGAAAGUGGUUGUAUUAAUCGUGCUGUGCGUGAUAUCAUGUUUGGUGAUGUACAUGUUUUUCCUGCUAUGUCUGGAGCCAAUGAUUAGAAGACGCAAGCUAGUAGGAGCAUACGUAGAGCACACCAACGAAGAGGACGAAGCUCCACCUGCUGUAUCGUUAAACGCAAGGAGAGGAAGCGAUCCAAUGGUAUCUACAGCCAACAGCAGUAAUGUCCUCAACCGAUUUGGACAUCAACAAGAUAAAUGGAAGAAACAGGUGAAGGAACAAAGAAAAAAUAUCUAUGAUCGUCAUACUAUUCUCAAUUAA